GUGGCGGCGGCGGCGGCGGCGGCGCCUUCGGGGGCGUGCGUGCGUGUGUGUGAGUGCGCGCCAGCGAGCGCGCCUUCUGCGGCGGGCGGACCGACUCCUCGGCGCGGCGGGGCCGGGGCACGCUGGCCGCAGCAUGAUGCGCGCAGUGUGGGAGGCGCUGGCGGCGCUGGCGGCGGUGGCGUGCCUGGUGGGCGCGGUGCGCGGCGGGCCCGGGCUCAGCAUGUUUGCCGGCCAGGCGGCGCAGCCCGACCCCUGCUCGGACGAGAACGGCCACCCGCGCCGCUGCAUCCCCGACUUUGUCAACGCGGCCUUCGGCAAGGACGUGCGCGUGUCCAGCACCUGCGGCCGGCCCCCGGCGCGCUACUGCGUGGUGAGCGAGCGCGGCGAGGAGCGGCUGCGCUCCUGCCACCUCUGCAACGCGUCCGACCCCAAGAAGGCGCACCCGCCCGCCUUCCUCACCGAUCUCAACAACCCGCACAACCUGACGUGCUGGCAGUCCGAGAACUACCUGCAGUUCCCGCACAACGUCACGCUCACGCUGUCGCUCGGCAAGAAGUUCGAGGUGACUUACGUGAGCCUCCAGUUCUGCUCGCCACGGCCCGAGUCCAUGGCCAUCUACAAGUCCAUGGACUACGGGCGCACGUGGGUGCCCUUCCAGUUCUACUCCACGCAGUGCCGCAAGAUGUACAACCGGCCGCAUCGCGCGCCCAUCACCAAACAGAACGAGCAGGAGGCCGUGUGCACCGACUCGCACACCGACAUGCGCCCGCUCUCGGGCGGCCUCAUCGCCUUCAGCACGCUGGACGGGCGGCCCUCGGCGCACGACUUCGACAACUCGCCAGUGCUGCAGGACUGGGUCACGGCCACCGACAUCCGCGUGGCCUUCAGCCGCCUGCACACGUUUGGCGACGAGAACGAGGACGACUCGGAGCUGGCGCGCGAUUCGUACUUCUACGCCGUGUCCGACCUGCAGGUGGGUGGCCGCUGCAAGUGCAACGGCCACGCGGCCCGCUGCGUGCGCGACCGUGACGACAGCCUGGUCUGCGACUGCAGACACAACACCGCCGGCCCGGAGUGCGACCGCUGCAAGCCGUUCCACUACGACCGGCCCUGGCAGCGCGCCACUGCCCGCGAGGCCAACGAGUGCGUAGCCUGCAACUGCAACCUGCACGCCCGGCGCUGCCGCUUCAACAUGGAGCUCUACAAGCUGUCGGGCCGCAAGAGCGGGGGCGUCUGCCUCAACUGCCGCCACAACACGGCUGGCCGCCACUGCCACUACUGCAAGGAGGGUUACUACCGCGACAUGGGCAAGCCCAUCACCCACCGGAAGGCCUGCAAAGCCUGUGAUUGCCACCCCGUGGGCGCCGCUGGCAAAACCUGUAACCAGACCACCGGCCAGUGUCCCUGCAAGGACGGCGUGACCGGCGUCACCUGCAACCGCUGUGCCAAAGGCUACCAGCAGAGCCGCUCUCCCAUCGCCCCCUGCAUAAAGAUUCCAGUGGCCCCACCAACCACCGCAGCCAGCAGCGUGGAGGAGCCUGAAGACUGCGAUUCCUACUGCAAGGCCUCCAAAGGGAAGCUGAAGAUUAACAUGAAAAAGUACUGCAAGAAGGACUAUGCCGUCCAGAUCCAUAUCCUGAAGGCGGACAAGGCGGGGGACUGGUGGAAGUUCACGGUGAACAUCAUCUCUGUGUACAAGCAGGGCACGAGCCGCAUCCGCCGCGGUGACCAGAGCCUGUGGAUCCGCUCGCGGGACAUCGCCUGCAAGUGCCCCAAAAUCAAGCCCCUCAAGAAGUACCUGCUGCUAGGCAACGCAGAGGACUCGCCCGACCAGAGCGGCAUCGUGGCAGACAAGAGCAGCCUGGUGAUCCAGUGGCGGGACACGUGGGCGCGGCGGCUUCGCAAGUUCCAGCAGCGCGAGAAGAAGGGCAAGUCCCCCGCCCUGCGCACCCCGGGCCCUGGAGAGACGAGGACGAGACUUAGCUACCUCACGGGCUCCUUCCAGAGCAGAGCCGCGCUGCCCUCGGGCCGGGGGCGCCGCGGAGGGGCGGGUGGCCUGACCCGGGUCCGAGGGAUGGGCGGGCGCCGAGUCGCGCAGGCGGGGCCGCCCCCGCGGCGCGUGGAUGGUGAUGGAGAAGGGGACGUGAGGAGGAGAGCUGUGAAUUCUCAGGCCCGCGGCCUGUGCGGGGGGGGCUGA